AUGGCUAAUAAUAACAACAGAAUUUUGCUCAAGUCGAAUGAUGAUGAAACGUUUGAAGUUGAUAGAAGUGUUAUUCGUCUUUCUACAACUCUGAAUACAAUGUUUCAAGAUCUCGGAAUGGACCAAUCAGAUGCUAACGAUGCAAUGCUUCAAGAGCCUAUUCCAUUGGCUAAUGUCAACGGAGCCGUUCUUCGUAAGGUUAUUGCUUGGUAUCCUGUUGUAACCGACGAUGCUGAAAGCAGAGAGCGUCGCACUGACGAUAUUCCAAGUUGGGAUGUUGAAUUUCUUAAGGUGGAUCAGGGGACGCUUUUUGAGCUGAUUUUGGCAGCCAAUUAUUUGGAUGUUCACGGUCUUUUGGAUGUUGCUUGCAAAACAGUUGCAAAUAUGAUUAAAGGAAAGACACCAGAAGAAAUUCGUCGAACAUUCAAUAUUAAGAAUGAUUUUACUCCAGAAGAGGAGGAACAGAUUCGCCGAGAAAAUGCUUGGUGUGAAGAUUAGAAAAGGGGAGAAGAGAAGAAAUAAAUGAAGGAAAGGAAAUUAUAAGAGAAGAGGUUUUUUUAAAAAUUAAAUAUUGGGGAAAGGAAAGGAUUAACAUUUUGACUCAAAUUUUGUUAAAAAAUAAAAAAUUUUUGCCCAUAAUUAU